GUCCUUAUCACAUCAGCUGUCAAAGUGGAGGCAACAAAAGCAAAACAUAAACAUCGAUAAAUGGUGAAAAUUUCGCUCGCAUAAUCAACACCAAUUGCGGCCUGCAAUCGCUCGCUCCCUUCCUGGUGCUUUGCUGCAGUGUACACGUUGCAGAUUUUCAAUUGGUAAGACUGGUCACGACAUCAGCAGAGCACGAUGCGAAAGGUGGUGGUGAUACUAAAGUCGGAAAGUGAAAAUGCGGACAACUAUGGCACACUGCUGGAGAAGCACGGCUACGAGCCCGUCUUCAUACCGACGCUAGACUUUUCGUUCAAAAACUUGGACGUGCUGCGGGAUCGGCUGCUGUCGCCUUACAAGUACUCAGGCCUUAUCUUUACCAGCCCGCGCAGCAUCACGGCCGUGCGGGACGCGCUGGAGGGCCAGCGCAAGCUGAAGGACGAUUGGAAAACGCUGGACAACUACAGCGUUGGUGAGACGUCCCGGGAGCUCAUUCAGCGCACGCUGGAUCUCGACACCAAGGGCCACCAUUCGGGGAAUGCGAGCAAUUUGGCGGACUUUAUCAAAACCGACCUGUACAACAAAACCAUCACGAUGCCGUUCCUGUUCCCCUGCGGCAAUCUCAAGCAGGACGUGCUGCAGAACAAACUGUCCGAGUAUGGCUACUCGCUCGACUCGGUGGAAGUGUACGAAACGGUGCCACAUCGCGACCUGGAACGAAACCUGGUCGCCCUGUUCGCGGGUGAGCGGGAGAAGGAAGGCGAUCGGACGAUCGAUAGCUUACUCUUUUUCAGCCCAUCCGGGAUUAACUACUGUGCGCACGUGUUCGAGAAGCAUCGCAUUGAUCUGACCGGCAAGCGCAUCAUUGCGAUCGGGCCGAGCACGAAGAAAGCGAUCGAAAACAAGGGCAUCACGGUGCACCGGACGGCGGAGAAGCCGUCGCCCGACUAUGUCGUUGGUGCGCUGCUACAGGACACCUAAAGCGGUGCGCACAAUUUGUCUGUGUAGAUGAAACUGGGAGAAGAGCGCGAACGGUGAACAGGACAUACAUAUACACUGCGCGCAAGAAGUGAGUGUGCGCAGGAAACAGAUUACCAAGAGUGCAAUAAUCCGUCUUCGGUGUAUAUUUUUUCCUAAAUGUUGACACACACACCAGACACACACAGAGAGGAUGAAGUAUUUGUGAGUUCUUUUACCUUGUAAUACAAUAUCCAAGAACAAGUGCUCGAGAAACUCGUAGAAUUAAGACAGCCUAACACCCCUCUCUUCUUAUAAAGAAUCGUGAAUGUUAUCGAAAUCUUGUUGUUAUAAAAUGUAUACUAGCCAGUUGGAAUUAGCGAUGAAGGAACCGGGAAGGCUUUAUUACAACGGUUUGUUUUUCUAUAAAAACGAACACAUCUUUUCUGUUUUUGGAAAUACGUUAGAUCUUCUCUACAUUAUUACUAUACCAAGCAAGAGAUUUCCCUUAAGCUUCGGACACGAACUGUGACACAAAAGCAAAUCGGUCCAUCCUUAUGCCUGCAAACAUUAUUGACCGCUUUUUAGAGGUCUGGUUUUUUGUAAUCUUUUGUAUCGCUUUAUAUAUUGUUAGCACAGCAAUCAGUUUGAAGAAAUUCUUCGUAGUUCAUAGGAGGGACAACCAUAUGAGAAGGUGCAUGAAGUCAAUUUUUAGGCACUGUUUUAGAAAUAAUCCAUGUGUACGUGUGUCGUUCCCCGGUGCGAGGAAGUAGUAGUGCAUCGGCACUAUAGUUGUUACUGAGAUAAUGGAACCUGUGCGUCAAUAAGCCAAAUCAAGAUACAAUAAUGUAAUGAACAAUAUAUUAAGUUCCUCGAACUCACACACACACAAACACCGUGUCACGAGGCGAACACACGGCCUAGCCGGCGAGGGGGACACUGUAGAACCGUUUUUAGAUGGAUUUCUCCUUUCUUUCGUUCUGUUUUACGCGCACUUGUUAUCGUUUUUCGUACAGUAGUGAUUGUGUUAUAGCCUCUUCUGCUUAGCUUUUGUUCAUUUUAAUCCUCUUUUUCUCAAGCGAGAAAUAAAAAACAAGCAAAAUUAUAGUUUUAGUCUAGCUUAGCGAAAUUUAAAACCGUUAAAUAAUUCGUGUACGCUACACACCAACACAUCGUCGUUAUAAAAUAAUUGUUAACCUUUUUGAACUAGUUUCCGAUUCCAAUUAAGUACGGGGCGCAUUUUAAAUAAAGCAUUAGAGGAUGCCAACACAAUUGGCAGAAUGUUGAA